UUUGGGUUUUUUUUUUUCGCUGCGUCCUUCCCCGGAUCGCUGCCGCCAGACCCGCCGGUGCCAUGGAGCCCGCGUCCGCCUGGUCCUGAGAAGAGCCGACACCUCUGGCCUAAGGUCCUCUUCACCCCUGCUCCGAGCAGCAAGCACGCGCCCUCGCACGCGUCUCUCUGACGAGGCAGGCCGAGCGACAGACCGAGCGACAGACCGAGCCACAGACCGAGCCACAGACCUGCAGAGCGACAGACAGCCGAGUCAUGGAGGCGAUCUGGCUCUACCAGUUCCGGCUGAUCGUCAUCGGGGACUCCACGGUCGGCAAGUCGUGUCUGAUCCGGCGGUUCACGGAGGGCCGCGCCCAGGUGUCGGACCCCACCGUCGGCGUGGACUUCUUCUCCCGGCUGGUGGAGAUCGAGCCGGGGAAGCGGAUCAAGCUGCAGAUCUGGGACACGGCGGGUCAGGAGCGUUUCAGGUCCAUCACCAGGGCUUACUACCGCAACUCUGUGGGCGGGCUCCUCCUGUUCGACAUCACCAAUCGCCGCUCCUUCCAGAACGUCCACGAUUGGCUGGAGGAGGCUCGUAGCCACGUCCAACCCCACAGCAUCGUCUUCCUAUUGGUCGGCCACAAGUGCGACCUGGAGGCCCAGCGCCAGGUGAGCCGUCAGGAGGCAGAGAAGCUGGCGGGGGCUUACGGGAUGCGCUACAUCGAGACGUCGGCCCGUGACGCCAUCAACGUCGAGCACGCCUUCACCGAGCUCACCAGAGAUAUCUUCGCCUUGGUGCGGUCCGGCGACAUCACCAUCCAGGAGGGCUGGGAGGGCGUGAAGAGCGGGUUCGUCCCCAACGUGGUUCACUCCUCCGAGGAAGUGACCAAGAGCGACCGCCGCUGUCUCUGUUGAUCUGGAACGAGUUUGACGAUGGGACUGAAGGUGAAAAGGGGAGGAAGGACUCGGAGGGGAGCGGCUGACGGACUGAGGCGUCGGCCGCGUGACUCAAACUGCUGGAAACCCUCUGUUCUUUCUUCAGACUGAAAACAAACAGGGAUUGUUUGAGGAAUUUCAAUGAGAAGAAGGUAGAAGGCGGCAAUGAACACUUUAAACGUGAGUGGACGGCUGAAGGGAUGUGACGAUUUAUAAAUACGUUUUAUCCGUUGGAGAUGAAGGAUCACAGACCGAGGGCUCCCAUGAUUCAACUCCCUUAGUUUGGUUUGUGGGAUCGUUGCCUCGGAGUCUUAGAAAGGCCUUAGAAAGAAGACUCAUUUCGGUUCUUCGCCAAAAUGAGAUGACGCCCUCGACUCGUGUCGUCGUUCUUUCUCCCAUCAUCUCUUCCUUCACCUCUUCUCCCUCCACUUCUUAACCUUCCCUCCUCCACCAAUAUGCAAUUACAUGAUCACGUACAAAAAAAAACAACCACUUUCGCGUUGUCCAACAUCCUCCGAGCACAUACCAUUCAAAUAAAGUUUAGUCAGCACCUUUAGAUCACAUCUCCCUCGGUAGAAAGAGUUUUGUUUCUCUCCUGCCGACAAAUUAUUCCACAUUCCACGUUCAGAGCUCGAUGGAGGAGUCUGAGAUCAAAAGACUGAUUUCCUGCUAAUAGCCUUUAAUUCGUUGCCACUUUAUUUCUCUGUGGAACAUCUGCGGGCUCCAGUGAGCUCGAUGACUUUGACAACACGGUUACAUCCACUGUCAUUCCGCUAAUUCCAGCACCGAUACACAAAACAUCGUCACCCACCCGGUUCCUGGAAGAGAAGUGUACAGCUUAACUGACGGAGGUGGAGAACAAGCGUAACAACUCCUAACUCUCUUGUCUUUAACUGGUGUAAAGUGGACUAACAGGAAUGUUGGAGCCUCCACAGCCACUUUAACUGUGGAUCGUCAUUCGGGACGUUUGAAAGGUGCAAAUAAGCAAACUGGAGAUUAUUUAUUUCUCCGACAGAGGGAGACCAGACCAACGCAGAGGGGGAACUCGACGAACAGACUCCGACAAAAGAACCACGCCAACAUCCGUGCACGCAUACGGACGGGACUCGUCGAGCCAAGAGGGUCCAGAGGCGUCAACCCAACGCAGGGACGAUACAGGCUUAAAUUCUGUUGUGGAGAAAGUGGUUUACAUGCCUUUUUGGUGUGUGCGCACAAAUGUAAUAUCACAGUAGACUUUGACUCUCAGUCGAGUGCAAACGAGUGUCGCAGGUGAAUGAAAACGUUGGAGUUGCGGUUGAUAAAGCUUCCUGUGGCGUCACAGAGUGGUUUUUAUGUCGUCUCGAAAAAUACACUUUUCAACCACAUUUUGACACAGAUGCUAUAAGAAUCAUUGGUUUUGAGAUGUUUGACUGUUUAAACCACAGUUUUCUGCCUGAGGACGUUUAGCUUGAAUUACCGUCUAAAGGAGCGGUUUGAAAUUAGCUUAUUCACUUUCUGGUGGGAAGAUGAGUUUCUACCAAACACCCAUAUUGGCCGACAGCUCUAUUACUUUAAUUGCGUCAUAUCCUCCUCACCAGGCUUUGCCCAUCUGUGCCCGACGUAGGAGAGGCGAGAAGAAGAAUUCGUACGUAAAGCAGCAUAUAUGAGUCUAACAUUUUUAGAGGACGUGCACAAAUAAGGAGGAAAUGAAUGCAAGGAAGUGACAGAAGGCUGCGUCCGUUUCCUCGUCUAACGUCGAGCUUAAAUGAGCCAUUUUUUUUAUCUUCGGACCGAGCCGGGUUAGCUCCUUCCUCCGGUUUCCGGUCUUUGUGUUAGGCUAAGCUAAGUAGCUGCUGCCUGUAGCGUGACACUUCAGGCACAAGUAUGAGAGUGUUUUUUCAUUUUCAGAAGAAAGGGAAUAAGCAGAUUUACUACAAUGUUUCUUUAGCGUUUAGCAUCCGUUUGGAGUUUUAGCCUCAAAUAAAGAACGUCCGUCUACUGCCAAAUUCUGUUAAAUUCUCUGUCUGUGUCCGAGGAGCUUAUCCACCGGCCAUGAUGAUAUAAUGAGCUAUAUCUGAUAAUCUGAUGAUGUUGAGACCUGACAUGUUGGUGACCAGAUGAAUAAUGAGUCUGAAUGUUUUCGAGCGACCUCUCACAAAUUGACUUUGCACACAGACACGUUAUUUAAGGGUCAAAAGGAAAACCCAUUGAUUCUGACACUGUGACGGGCAACAUGUCAUCGAGCCCUGUACUCAAACGCAUGUAUAUCUGUUGGGUGACAACAACAGUUUCCUGCCCUCAGUGUAACCCUUCUUCCACAGGAGCGGUGGUACAGAAACAAAAGAUCAUUUGUGUUCAGUCCUCUGAGCUGUACAGACAAAAGUGUUUAUCACAGUCCUUAAUCCUGCCGGGUCACAGCCGACAGCCUCUCUUCCUCUGCUCUAGUUAUCUAUCUACAAACUGAAAUGUACUAAAAAAAUAAAAUGUGACUGGAAAAAGAAA